CUCACAAAAAACGUGCUGGUGCGGCCUAGGAGCGGCAGAGGUAGCGCAGAGAGAGGCGCACACUACUAUUCGACGCAGUGCGAAAGAGCUUCGCCUGCCGGAAACAGCUCGCCAGCCAGCAGCCAGCCCGGGCCAGCAGCAUUGCUGCAGCAAAGGGCAGACGCCGUCGCAGCGAAAAUGCAGGACGCCCACGAGCUGCGCUGCGGCUCAGUAGCGGCUGCGGAGCGCGCCUACGCGCUGGGCUACGCCUCGGUGGCGCUUGAAACGCUCUGCGACGCCGCGCACGCCAGCGAUGCAAAACCGCUCGACUGGGGCGAACCGCGCGACGUCGAAACGCUGAAGACGACGCCGCGGCUGCGUCUCCUGAAGCGCCUGACCGUGCGCCUCGACGCGCCGCGCGUGAGCGUGCCGCAGAAGGUGCUGAACGCGUUUGACAUCGUCGCGGCCGUGCCGGAGACGGACGACGCCUUCCGAGCGGCGUGCUCAUGCAACGACGUCGACCUCAUCUCUGUCGCCUGCGGCGCGCGCCUGCCUUUUUCAGUCGCGCGUAAGGACGUGGAGGUCGCGAUCAAGCGGGGCGCGGCCUUCGAGGUGUCUUAUGCUCACUCGAUCGGGCAGCCGCGGAGCCUGCGGCACCUGACGGCGACGGGGCUGCGCCUGGCGGCCCUGACGAAUGGCGGGCGCGGCUUGGUGCUGUCGUGUGGCUCACCGGACGCGUGGCGCGUGCGGAGUCCCGGGGAUACGGCGGCGCUCGCAGCGAUGCUCGGGGUUCGCAACACUGAUGGUGUCGUUGGCGCGUCGGCGGCUCGCGCCGUUGAGGCUGGGGCGGCGCGGAAAUAUAAUGCAGGUGCCGACGACUCGUGGUUGGACGGGGACGAAAUCAAGGCGCUAGUUGAGGCGCGGCCUUCCGGGAAGCGGCGGCGGCGGCGUAAGUGA